AUGGGCGGUGGCGACGAGGGCGCGGGCAAGAAGCGGCGGUUCAUCACGCGCGAGGAGGAGCCGGACGAGUACUUCCUGUCCAAGGGCGAGCGUGACGGCGAGAACCCCCUGAAGACGGACCCCCUGGCCUGGAUCGGGCUCCUCGCCAUCUUCUUCCCGUUCAUCCUCACGGUGGUCCUGAUCGCGUCGGGCGCCAUCGACCUGUCGGGCGCCUACGUCCACUGA